AUGCUGCGUCAUGUGUCGUCUGCGUCAGUGCGACUGUGCACUCAGCAUCUACACCAUACCAGUUGCCGUAGCUUCUCAUCGAUUUUAAAGAGGGGUGACGGUUGCAAGUCUCUGCAGGUGGGCGAAAUGUAUCACAACUUUACGUUAGAGCGAGUGGCGACUGUACCCGAGUACGGCGUGGACGCUCUAGAGCUGCGCCAUGAGCCAACAAAGGCUAAGUAUUUGCAUCUUGACGCCAAAGAUCCUAACAACGUCUUUGCUAUUAUGUUUCGAUCGCCGCCCAAUAACUCGACGGGUGUCGCGCAUAUUUUGGAACACACGACGUUGUGUGGAUCCAAGCGCUUCCCCGUGCGCGACCCGUUCUUUAACAUGAUUAAACGCAGUCUUAACACAUACAUGAACGCUCUCACAGGUGCAGAUCACACCAUGUACCCGUUCUCGACUACCAACGCUAAGGACUGGCGCAAUCUUAUGAGUGUGUAUCUGGACGCAGUCUUCUUCCCUAACUUGUCAAAGCUCGAUUUCUUGCAGGAGGGACAUCGACUUGAAAUCAAUGAAAAAAAGGAUGGAGAAGGACAGCUUAUGUAUAAGGGAGUCGUGCUGAAUGAGAUGAAAGGAGUACUCUCGGACAGUAACAACCUCUUCGGUACGCGAUUGCAACAGGAACUCAUGCAAGGCAGUAUCUACGAACAUGUAAGUGGAGGCGACCCAAAGCAUAUUCCAUCUCUUACGUAUGAAGACCUCCGUGACUUUCACAAUAAGAAUUAUCACCCGUCCAACUGCUGCUUUUACUCCUACGGUGACUUGUCACUUACGGAUCACCUGGCUUAUCUCGACCACGAGAUCCUUAAUAAGUUUGACUACCACGCUGAAUCGGCGGCCAUUAAAGUAGACACGGAGGGAUUUAAUUUGUACAAGACAAACUCGACAAAUUCGGAGUUGAUUGUUAUUGAUGGUCCUAGCAGCAACAUGACCAGUGAUGCUGCUGAUCCCAACACGAAGUAUUGUAUGAGCAAGUUUGUCGACGUGAAGUCUACAGACCCUUUCUCGACCUUUGUGUUGCGAAUCGUGAGCUAUUUGCUGACAAAUGGACCGGCGUCUCCAUUGUAUAAAGCACUGAUCGACUCUAAUAUUGCACAAGACUUUUCAGUUGGUACGGGAUUCGACACAUCCACGUACUACCCUACGUUCGGUGUUGGUGUAGAGGGUAUUGAAGGUGGAGAAGCUGCAGUGCCUGCUAUUCGCAUAGCUGUGCACAACGCGUUAAAGAGAGUGGUUGCUGAUGGCUUUGAGAAAGAACGAGUGGACGGACUUCUACAUCAAUUAGAGUUAAGUCUCAAGCAUGUGACGGGAAACUUUGGGCUGCAGCUUAUGCACGGCAUAAGCUCCGUCUGGACUCAUGGAGGAGACCUUCUUGAGAACUUGCAGCUGAAUCCUUUACUAAAGCGUCUGGACGUCGAAAUGGCUCGCGAACCGAAAUUCCUUGAAAGUUACGUGCGGGAUUACCUCAUGCGCGAUAAUCUGCGCGAAGUCCAGAUGCUUAUGCUUCCUUCUGAGACUUUUGUGCGCGAUCAGGAACGCCGCGAACAGGAGAACCUGGCUGCUACACUCAUGCAGCUGUCCAACGCUGACCUAGACCGUAUCGCGCAGACCGCAAAGGAGCUUAAGCGAUAUCAGCAGAAGAAACAGCCUGUGGAAUGUCUGCCCACACUAAAUCUGAAUGACAUUCCGCGCAUUGAAGAAGGCAAUUUUGACCAUAUCGACAAAACACAGCUUAUCUCGACAUUGGCGGAAUUUGUGCGCGUACCUUCUACCAACGAAAUUACGUACUUGCGCCUUCUUUUUGAUCUGGGAGCGCUGCCACAAGCGUACCAUCGAUACAUAAACGUUUUUACGACAGUGUUUGGAUCUCUGGGCACCUCGCGCUACGCUUACGAUGAGCUUCCCACGAUUAUUUCAAACUGCAGCGGAGGCGUAUCGUGCUCAGUAAUGACGGCCCCAUCGCUCACGGAUGUUUUUGGUGAGCCCAGCGAACAAUCACUUUUGCUGGAGACAAUGUGUCUGCCUUACAAAGUGGACCAAACGCUAAGUCUUUUGCACGAAGUACUCACUGACACACAGUUUUCUAGUGAAGAAAACCUGCGCCAGCUGCGUCUUCUUUUGCAGAGUAGCGCAUCUAGCGCUAGCAGCAGCAUUUCGUCAUCCGGCGCUGCCCUAGCUGCGACACGCUCACGUGUUGGUCUCUCUCCUGCAGGUAUGUACGACGAGUUAUACAGCGGUUUAACGCAGAUUGAGCAGCUCCAAAGCUGGGCACAGUGCUCCAAUGAUGAGCUGCAUCAGAUUGCCUGUGUACUACAGGACAUCGCGCGCAUAGUGUUUUCACCCGCGAAUCUGCGCCUGUCUGUUGUGACGGAGGACAAGCUUCGUUCUCAGGUAGAGCAAUCCUUGGCGUCCAAACUUCUCCAGCCACUGGCUGGAUCGAUAUCGAUGGCAGACGCUGCGUCGCUAACGCUUGUAAACGAAGAGCUCAAGUUGCCUAGUGUGUCGACCAAGGACUAUUUUGCCUUCCCCGUCUCGGUUAACUUUGUAGUGGAGACGCAGCCGUCUGUGUCAUUUGCACACGAGGAUCACGUACCGCUCACUGUGCUGGCACAAAUUAUGUCGUCGUGUUAUCUGCACCAGCAUGUACGUGAGCAGGGCGGAGCCUACGGAUCCGGCGUCUCUCAGAAUGAGGGUUCCUUUUCGAUGAGCUCUCAUUACGACCCGAACACGUUCAAGACGCUUGACGCUUAUGACGGUGCACGUCAAUGGGUUGUCAAUGAAGAGUUUUCGAACCGUGACGUGCAGGAAGCGCUGCUGUCGGUGUUUGCUAAUGUUGACGCCCCAAAGACUCCGUCCAUUAGGGGCCGAAUGAGCUUCUUGCGUGGUAUUACCAACGAUAUGCGCCAACGCCGCCGUGAACAGUACCUGUCAUUGACGCGCCAAGACCUUGUUGAUGUUGCGCGCAAGUACUUUCAAGAAGACACGCCUGAUACACGCACUGUUAUUAUCGGCAAGGAUGGCGACGAUCUUUACGAGUUCUCGGACAAGGGUUUCAACGUGCAGCGCUUUGCUUCUACAACUUCGUUAGUCAAAUAG